CUCUCUUUAGCCACGGCGCAACGCACCUCCUUUCAAACUGAGAACGCAUUCUCAUCUGGAAUACGCCUAGGUCCACGCCUACUGCCCUUAACCAACCUGCGCUCCCCGAAAUGCCAUGGUCCGGUCGAGUCUAGACUGUCUCAUCCGCGGAGACACAUUUUUCUCUCGCGUGUUUUUACAAUUUGAGGCUUCAGUCGUAUGUGAUAUUUGCAUUCAGCAGCGUAGUAGUUAAAGUGGUACCGAAUGCGUUGUUUUAUGUUCUGUGUGUUGCCCUCACUCCAACAGACCGCUACAGUAGGAAGAUGGCGUCGGAGGGAGCGAGCGGGGAACAGCGUCCUCCGAUACAAACACUGGCAACAACAGUGCUUGGAAGUGUCGAAGCGAAAUGUGAGUUUAACAUGGAUAAUCUGAGCAAGCCGGAGCUCCUGACUCUGCUCAGCAUCAUGGAGGGAGAGCUGGAGGCCCGGGACCUGGUCAUAGAAGCCCUGAGGGCGCGGCGUAAGGACGUGUUCCUCCAGGAGCGCUACGGCCACUUCAGUCUGACCGACCCCUUCCUGGCCCUGCAGAGGGACUUUGACUGUGUCCCCGGGGGGGACAAAGAACGCAGGCCAGUUGGCUCCAGCCCCAUCUCAGUCCUGGAGGCAGUCAUGGCGCACUGCAGGAAGAUGCAGGAGAGGAUGUCAGCACAGCUGGCUGCUGCCGAGAGCAGGCAGAAGAGGCUGGAGAUGGAGAAGCUACAGCUGCAUAGUCUGGAGCAGGAGCACCGUAAACUAACCGCCCAGCUGAAGGACGAGCGGGAGAAGAACAAGCACAUGGUUAUGAUGCUGGUGAGGGAGUGCAAGCAGCUGGCCACCCGCGUGGUGGAGGAGUCGCAGCGCUUCGACGAGAUUUCUGCCCGGCUGGAUGAGGAGAGCCGCUUGGCCGGGCGGCUGCAGGAGGAGCUGACGGCAGAGAGGCAGCGUGGACAGCAGAUGGAGGCCAAGAUGGAGAAGCAGCUGUCAGAGCUGGACACUGAGCGCGAGCAGCUGCGUGCCAGGCUGGGCCGAGAGGAGACAGAGAGCCUGAGCCUGCGCCGGCAGGUAGAGCAGCUCAGGACUGAACGGGAUGGUAAGGACGUUAAAGACGGUAAGGAUGGUAAAGCCGGUACCACAGCCCAACCGGCUGCAGCUACUGCUGUGGAUCCCACCGCUACCACCAACCCCCCACCUCCCAAACACACAGUAUCUGUUGCUGUGGCCACAGACCCAGUCAGCUCCCAGACGGCCUCCUGCCAAACGGACCUGCCCCCUCCAGAGGCUGAGGGGCAGAAGAAGCCGAGCCCCCUCACCAUCCCUGUCAAACCCACUCCCACCAACUAUACAGGCCUCAGCCUGCCCAAGACGCCCAGCGCAGGCCGGGGGCUGGUCCACAGCAGCUCAGGAGGACUUCUUCAAACAGGGGAGAAUGGAGCCGAGGGCCAGACGCCCCACGGUGGGUUACACUCCCCUGCCCCCACCUCAGCCCUGCCCAUGGGGGUGAGCCCUCGUGUCCAGGCUGCUCGCUACAAGUUCCAGGAGCAGGACCAAAACGGCACAUCCUCCCAGAGCAGCCCGCCGACCCGUGACCUAUCCCCCACCAACCGAGACAACUUUGCCGCCAAGCAGCAAGCGCGACACACCGUCACGCAGGUCCUCUCACGCUUCACCAGCCCCCCAGCAGGGGGCCCCGGAGCCCUCCGCCCCGGCCUGCCCCACUCCACCUCAGAAGGGGGGCCCUUCCCUGGCCGCCUGGGCCACCCCAUCGGCCUCAAGUCCCCCACAGUGGCGAGGAUCGACCGGGGAAACCCGCCCCCCAUCCCGCCCAAAAAGCCGGGCCUCUCCCAGACCCCCUCGCCUCCCCACCCGCCCAUCAAAGUGGUGGGGGACAGCAGCCGCUCCCCCGGGGCGGGGUUAAAACCCGGCACGCCCCAGCUGCCGCCCAAACCCGCCCUGGACCUGGUCCCAGCCUUGACGGCGUCUCAGGUGGGUGCCUGCCCCCCCGCGAGGGGGGUGAGGGGGCCGCACCAGGCCACGUGUGCAGAGUGCCCCCCCGCCAGCGCUGCCAUCACUGUCAGUAGCCCCUCCUCCAUAAACCCCUCCUCCUUCGCUAGCGUUCCAUCCCGAGCCCCAGGCAGCCCCAUGGCAACAGCAUCAGGCUGGCGUCCCUCCAUAGUCCCCUCGCUAAACUGCGGUGGGCCCGUUGCCCUGGACGACGGGCACCCCCUGCUCCUCCAAGCUGCUUCAGGAAAUGUCACUUUAUUGUCAAUGCUGCUUAACUGAGAUCCAACGGAUAAUAUUAGUCUCCUUGAAGGCCACCCAACCUCUGCUUUGUUUUCUGCUGCUCAAAAUGGACGCUCAGACUGCGUUAACCUGCUGCUGACUUCGGGGGUGUCUACUGAUGUUUCUGAUUUAAACGAAUUUACGCCUUUACACUUUGCCGCCUCACACGAACACCACAGGUGUGUGGAGGCCCUGGUGUUCGGUGGGGCUGAUGUGGACCAAAGGGCCAUUGGGGGAAAGACCCCUCUGUUCAUGGCCAGCGGAGCCGACAGGCUGGACUGUACCAGUGCCUUGCUCAACGCCGGGGCCGACCGCUCAAGAACCACCACCGACAGCUGGACGGCUCUCCACGCGGCGUUCAGCUUGGGACAUGUGGACACUCUGCGGCUCCUCCUCUGCCACCCUGCCCCUGACUGUACCCACACCAUGACCCUAACCCUGACUGCAACCAUAGUCCUGGUCCUGCCACGAUCCCGGUCCUGUCUAGCACCUUGCUCAACCAGGACAACUGUGAGGGCUGGACCACUGCACACAUCACUGCUGCCAGGGGCUUCAAGGUCUGUCAGAGUCGUGUCUGGAUGAGCUGGCCCUGGAAUUCCUCAUGCCUCUUCAGCUGCUUCAGAACUACAUAUUCCUGUAUCGUAACGUUAUCUUCCACGGGCCGUAAGGGGACCUGUCAAGAGUACCUAGUCAAUCAGACUUCCCUCUGCAUCAACACGAAGCAGGAGUCUGUGGGUGUGGCCUGUGACAUCAGGGUGGAGGUGGACAGGGCUCUGACUAAAGAACAUCUGUUGGACACCUUCAUCAACUGUGGUGGCUGGCCCGGUUCUGGAACAUAGUGGUGGUCCUUCACGUGGAGUAGGCCAUCGUCUCCCGGGUGACACCGGGCAUCACCUAGCAAACGCCGCCUGAGCUCGGGCCAGCGGGCGGUGGUCAAGGCUGGUCUCAGUAUCCUGGUCAACAAAGUCAUCCUGCAGGGAUGCCCUCUGCCACGGCACAAGAUUAACAGGCACCUGUUGGAGUUCCGAGGUGGGACCUUCCCUCUCUCAACCAUUGGCUCCUGUAAAGGGAGAGGCGGCAGGAAGGGGUAGGAUAGUUGCAUGUAGAGAUGAGCCAAUACCAGCCCACGAAAGAAGGGGAAACCCCGCCUCCAACUGGAGCUGUGGAGAUUCUCUUAGAGAAGGGUCAUUGUUCAGCACUGAUGGAUGUCCUCUUCAUCACCAACGGCAAUACUCCGAGAUGGGGACCAUGUGAGUCUGUCUCUUACAACGAGACUGAUCUGAUCAGGGAGUUACAGACCAUGUGCUCCAGCAAGUCAGAGCCAAACAUCAGCAAGAUUGCUAGUCCAAGGAGGACUUCAUCGUCUUCUCUGGCUCUCCAAAUGGACAAUCGCCCCGCCGCAGGACCGACCAUGAAGCAACCGCUCAACCACAGAUGACUGGCAGCUGUCACUCCACCCCCAUCCCUGCCCUAGGCAGCCCCUUGCAACAAGAGGCGAUCGACGUCCUACCCAUAUCCCAGCUCCCUGUCUCCAGCAGCAGGUGACAGCAGCCGCGAGCCAGCAGCAGCAGUGCCUCCGCACCACGAACACCCACUACGACCACUAACCGCAACGCGAACAGAACUGAACCAAGCAGCAGCAGCAAAACAAGGCAGGCCCCAACCAGACACAACAACAACAACAACGAAAACAACCAACAACACAUCUGGAUCCUACACCGAGACCUGCAUGAAAACAACAACAAUACCAAGUACUAGAUGAACCUCCUUUCUCCUCUUUUCCUCUUCCUUCACCUUCCUUCUUUCCAUCCUUCCUUCCUUCCAUCCUUCCCACCACUCUGCUUUGAUCCCUCCAUGUUGUAAAGUUAGGGUUAAUGACCACCCUUUUAGUAUUUGUACUUGUUAUCCGUACUUGUUACACUGUAUAACAAUUGUGUACUUGGGGACCAUAGUUUUAUGAUAUUAUACAGUAUUUAAGUAUUGAAAGAAGUAAAAAAAAAAAAAGAGAAAUUCGCAGGGAAUUAUGUCAAAAGAAAAAUAAGUACUUAAAACAGGUUUUACCUUUUGGGGUGAAAGAAAAGAAACAGGACAUUUUUUGGUAUUACGUAUUUUCGAAUAUUCAAGUAUUUUAUGUUUAAAUAGUUGCAAGGUUGGUUUAAAUACUGUUGAAAUUAAUAAAGGUUUUACCAAAUAUUUGUAAAUAAGAAUGAUUAGUAAAAUUAAUGGUAUAUAGAUUGGUGUAUGUGGUAUUAAGCUUGUACAGUGAAGAACUCAAAAAGAAAAGUGGAAGAAAAAAAACCUUGUAUAUAUGUCUGUAAUAAUAGGAGAAUUUGGUUAAUAAUUUUUCACUUGUUUCAAAGUGAUUGGAAUGUGGCAAUAAGUAAAGAUAAUUGCAAACACAGGACAUUUUCUUUCUUUUGACUAUGAACCAUAAAUAAAUACUUUAAACUACCCAGAAUUCCAUCCGAGUCACGGCUCGAUUCACCUUUGACCUCUAAGUGGAGCCCGAUAUAAAUUUCAAAGCAGCACGUUUUGUUAGUUUUCUUUUCUUUCUUUUUUAAAACUUUUUAUUAAUUUAUUUUGCGAGGGGGGGACGUGUUAUUUUGAAUGGCCAUUGUUGAUUUAUGUACAGGAUAUAUUUUAGUCAAUCUUUGGUGUUCUGUAUGAUAGCUGUUUGAAGUUUAAAGAAAUGUCCUGGUUCCUUUAAGCACAACCAUUAAAACUGCACUGUCAACCCCAA